AUGGCGAGUCUUGGCGAUGCGCUAUUUGGGUAUUCGCAAGGUGUUACCGCCGCUUUUCAAGUACAACCCAACUUUGACACCAAGAUGUUUGCGCAAGGCAGACUUAUCACCACAGAAAACAUCAAGCUCCGCGAAACUGAAAUCCCUCCCAUUUUACCCGCCGUCUUUGUCUCAUGUAUCAACCUUUCGGCCUUGUGUGCUGCACUAGUUGCUCCGUCUCUUGACCCGCUAGGACGAAGAAACUCAAUCAGAAUUGGCGCUUUUAUAUAUCUUGUUGCCUCAAUAAUCCAGAUGUUUUCGCCAAAUCUCAUAUCGCUCACUAUUGGCCGUAUCGUCCAGGGGUUCGGUACUGGACUGCUUAGCACCAUAGUUCCCAUCUACCAAGUGGAGAUUGCCCCUGCUCACGCUCGUGGCAUGUUUAUUAGUCUAGAGACUUUCUGGAUGAACGCCGGCUAUUGCGCCUCUUCUUGGAUUGGCUACGCUUUCUACUUCGACAUGCGAGGCGAUGAUUCUUGGAGAGGACCAUACGGCAUUCAAGCAGUUAUAUCGCUACUCUUGUUCGUCUGGACCUUUUAUCUGCCCGAAACCCCUCGCUGGCUCAUUCAAAAUGGCUUCAAGACAGAAGGCCUCUGGACCCUGGCUGAUUUACACGCAAGUGGAGAUGUUACCGACGAAUCUGUGACCCGCACCUUUUACGAAAUCGAAGACACUAUCGCUCUAGAACAACGAAAUGGCAACACAGCACCCUGGAAAGACCUCUUCAGACAAUACACUCGACGAACAGUCAUUGCAUGGAUGGCGCAAAUGCUAGCACAGCUCAACGGCAUCAACGCCCUGUUACACUUCCUUCCAGAGACCCUGGCUCAUGCAGGCUUUGAGGUAUCUCAAGCACUUUUUUGGUCAAGCGUCUGUUCGGUGUUCUAUCUCAUAGGCACCAUCCCAGCAAUACUGUUUAUCGACAGGGUUGGCCGGCGUCCUUUUCUUCUUGUUGGCAGCAUCUCUUUGGCACUAUCACUCGCUCUUGUCGGAUCUCUCAAGCUUGUCAUCGAACGAUGGCCGACCAAGAUCUCGGUCUUCAAGGGAGCGCAUGGGGUAGUCGGGGGUAUGAGCUGUUAUCUGUUUUUCUUUGCUGCUACAUGGGGUCCAAUUCCUUGGCUACUUGGAGCAGAACUAUUCCCCCUCAAGCUUCGCUCGAAAGGGAUGGCUCUCUCAACUAUCUCAGAGUGGCUCUUCGAAUUUAUCGUUGCCUUCGCUACCCCUUCGACUUUCGAGUCUCUUCGCGCAACCUCGUACUUCGUUCUUGUCGGGUUUUGUCUCUUUUCGUGGGUAGUGGUCUGGUUGGUGUUUGUCGAGACAGGUAUGACCACCCUGGAAGAGAUCGGUGCUGUGUUUGGCGACGAGGUGGUUCCGCAGCGUAUCCUAAUCAAAGACGAAGACGAUUUGGUGCAGAAUCUCCAGCGACAGAGGACACGUGGUCAUACAGCACUCAGCAUGGACUCGGCCGUGACACAGAUGACGAGAGUUCUCAGUGUUGCCUCGCGGCUAACUCGUGGAGAGACACAGCACACGACCGCUGUUGACGUCGAGCGCCACGGACAAUCUUUGUUCCCUUCACCGGCAAUUGCCGCCGCAACGUCUUCAGAAAUGACUUUGACGCCCAGCAUCCGUGCGGGAGAGGGAGAAAAUACGGUUGAAAAGACGAGAAUGCGACCUCUGAAUAUAGCAGGUUUACAGAACAGAGUUCAGAAGUCCCAUCAAACGCAACGCUUUCAACCAUCGAUGGCACAAACCGACAACUACUCUCGGGAGGCGUUGAAGCAGCGCAAUAUUCCGUUUAUGACCUUGUCCACGGAAGACAAUCCACUGACUGCGCCUAUCACUCGUCGCGACUCUGAAAGCCUGGUUGCUUUGACACCUUCUGAGAUUGCCCGACGCCGCUUCACGAUUAGUGGUAAUGCCAUCGUCACUGGUGGCGCCGGAAUGCUAGCCCUUGAAGCGGCCCGAACAUUACUCGAACAUGGUGCUUCGGGUGUUGCGCUGUUUGAUCUUGAGCCGUCCUUUGUUUCAAAGCAUGCUCGAGAGGAAAUUGCUGCCUUGAAAAAAAGCUUUCCGACGAGUGUGAUCCUAGAGAAGGCUGUGGAUGUCACCAAGGAAGAAGACGUCAAGCAGAGCGUCGCUGAAUGCGUGAACGAGUUUGACGCGGCGGGAAUACAAAUCUUGCUCUGUUUUGCGGGGGUUGUUGGCACGAUCCACGCAGAGGAAAUCCCAAUUUCGCAGUUCCGGAGAAUGCUGGAAAUCAAUACGACUGGGAGUUGGAUUUGUGCCGAAGCUGUUGGGAAGCAGAUGAUAAAGCAGAACAGCGGCGGCAGCAUCGUUUUCACAGCCUCGAUAUCUGCCCACGCAGUCAACUUUCCCCAACCUCAAGUAGCUUAUAACGUGUCCAAGGGGGCGUUGUUACAGCUCAAGAGCUCGCUCGCAGCUGAGUGGGCCAAAUACGGAAUCCGUGUCAAUUCGAUCAGUCCAGGUUAUUGCGAUACAAUUUUAAAUGAGGGAGAUGGGUUGGCGGAGGCGAGGGCCAUCUGGAAAAGUCGGAACCCGAUGGGUAGAAUGGCAGAUCCCACAGAAUUGAGUGGGGUGGUCGUGUUGCUGUGCAGCCCAGCUGGGAGGUAUAUCAACGGAGCGGACAUUGUCGUUGACGGAGGAGGAAGCGUAUUCUAG